AUGGAGAUUGCCAAAGUCAACACCACCACCUCAGCAUUGCCUGGCUGGGGAACAAGUGGGCAGCACAGAGCAGAUAGUGGGAAUGACGGAUACUUCAAGCCUGUCAGCAAAAUCUAUGACGGCAGCACAUUAACCAAGUGGGUCAAGGCAAACAUCAAGAAGAAGGAGUGCUGUUUCUAUGUGAAAGAUGUCAGUAAAGGAGAGGAGAUUUGUAAGUGCGGCUAUAAAAAGUCUGACCACACUGAUGAAGCUCAGAGAAGAUCAGAGGCAUCCAUGGAUAUCCAUAUACGUGAGGUGCCUACUGAUGCAUUUGGUGAAAUAGAUUUUGGAGGACUGGGCCAGAAAACAAGCAAGUAUGUUCGAGUGUCCUCAGAUACCGAGCCAAAGACUCUGUAUGAGUUGUUGAUUAGACACUGGAAACUGCAGCCUCCUAAUCUGCUGAUAUCAGUCACUGGUGGAGCUAAAAAUUUCCAAAUGAAAGACCAUCUGAAGAGGACGUUUCGCAAGGGCCUGAUUAAAGUGGCUCAGACUACAGGUGCGUGGAUCAUCACUGGGGGCACCAACACUGGGGUGAUGAAACAUGUCGGGAUGGCCGUCCAUGAGCACACUCUGAGAAACGGUUCCUCUGGCCGCCAGAUUGUAACCAUCGGCGUGGCAACCUGGGGCAUAGUGCACAACAGGGAUUCUCUGAUUCACAGCGAGGGUUGCUUCCAUGUCAGUUACUCACUGGAUGAAACGAAUCAGGGGCGGCUUUCCCUUCUGGACAUUAAUCACUCUCACUUUCUGCUGGUGGAUGAUGGGACACAUGGACAGUAUGAGGGGGAGAUCGAGCUGCGUAGCCGGCUAGAGAAGCUCAUAUCCGAAAAGCCCCUGGGAGACAAAGACAGUGUUGUAAAGGUUCCUGUGGUAUGUGUGGUGUUGAAUGGUGGACAUGGCACUCUAGAUACUAUUUACAAUGCCAUGCUCAACAAAACUCCCUGUGUGGUCUUGGGGGGUUCGGGGAGAGUGGCAGAUGUCAUCGCCGAGGUUGCCAGUCUGCCUGUGUCCCAGGUCACCAUGGCUCUCAUCCAGCAACUGAUAAAGAAGUUCUUUGGCCAGGAGAGUGACAAGAUCAUUGAGCUGAACUUGGUUGAGUGGACCAAAAAGAUUCAAGACAUAAUUAGAAUGCCCCAGUUACUGACUGUGUUCCACUAUGAUGAGGGAAAAAAACAGGAUGUGGAUGUAGCCAUUCUUCAAGCUUUUUUGAAAGCCUCUAGGAGCAGUGAAAGUUUUGGUGAGCAAAACUUGGUGCAGCAGCUGGAACUGGCUGUGGCCUGGAACCGUGUUGACAUUGCAAGGAGUGAGAUCUUCACUGAAGUGAACCAGUGGAAGACCACUGAUCUGCAUCAGGCCAUGUUCUCUGCGCUGGUGGGCCAUAAGCCUGAGUUUGUGCGGCUGCUGUUGGAGAACAAUGUUUCUUUUGGCAAGUUCCUGGAAAAGGAGGACCGUUUGUGUGAUCUCUAUGCCAAAAUGCCACACUGCUUCUUUCGGCACAAGCUAGAAAAGCGUCUUCGAGAUGAUAAAAGUGGUUCAAAGAAGAAACUCUCUCUCAGUCAUGUAUCAGACGAGGUGCGCCACCUACUGGGGGGUUUCACACAGCGGCUCUAUCCUAUUUCCACAACCCAGCGCAGUGAUGUGCGUGGAGUCAUGACAUCCGAAGAGCACAUUGAGGUGCCAUGCGACUCAGAGGACAGCAAGACCAUGGACACUGUGUGUGAUCCAGGCAGAGACCUGUUCCUUUGGGCCAUCGUGCAGAACCAGAAGGAGCUGGCUGAGAUCAUCUUUGAUCAGUGCAAAGAUUGCAUUGCAGCAGCUCUGGCAGCCAGUAAGAUUCUGAAGAAGCUUGCACAGGAGGAUGAGAGUGGGGGAGAUGAGUCAGAAGAGAUGAGAGAACUGGCCAACCACUAUGAGAAACAUGCUAUUGGUGUAUUCUCUGAAUGUUACAAACGGGAUGAACAGUGGGCUCAGAAGCUGCUGGUCAGGAUUUCACCCUCCUGGGGCAAAACCACCUGUCUACAGUUGGCUCUGCAGGCCAACGACAAGAGCUUUGUGGCCCAUUCAGGGGUUCAGGCUCUCUUAAACCAGAUCUGGUGUGGAGAGUUGGCUGUUGAUAAUCCACUGUGGAAGGUGGUGCUCUGUAUGUUCUUCUUUCCUCUGGUCUACACAGGCUUCCUGAACUACAGGCGGGAUGAAGAGAUUGAGAAAGAGGCCAAGAGGAAGGAGGAGGAGGAGGAGAAAAAUGCAAGGCGCUUUGUUUCUGAGACCUGCUCCAAUCCCCACGGAAACUCAAGCAUUCGUGACUCUUCAGACAGAUCAUCUCUGGAACCUUUGACCUGCUCAUCCAGGCUAGUGGGCCUGUUCACCUCUCCUCAGGUGAAAUUCUACUGGAGCAUAGCAUCUUAUUUUGGCUUUCUGUGGCUCUUUGCCUUUGUGCUGAUGAUUGACUUCCAGGACACUCCAUCCUGGAGGGAGCUCCUGCUCUACGUGUGGCUUGUAUCGCUUGUGUUUGAGGAGAUUCGACAGAUUUUCCAUAUGCCUGAUCAAUCUGGAUUUCGAAGGAAAGCAAGAAUGUAUAUCAGUGACAUCUGGAACAUUCUUGAUGUGCUUUCCAUACUACUGUUCAUCAUUGGUCUAGCUUUGAGGCUCCAGCCCAGUCACUCAUUGUUCUAUGCAGGCAAAGUUAUCCUCUGCAUUGACUUCAUCAUAUUUGCCCUGAGACUGAUGGCAAUCUUCACUGUUAGCAGAACUUUGGGCCCUAAUAUCAUCAUCGUCAGGAGAAUGAUGAAGGAUCUGUUCUUCUUCUUGUUUUUGUUGAGUAUCUGGAUUGUGGCCUAUGGAGUGGCUGUACAGGGCAUUCGAGUCCACAACGAGGUGCGGCUCGACUGGAUAUUUCGGGGUGCUGUCUAUGAGCCCUACCUCAUCAUAUUUGGAGAAUUGCCAAAGAGCAGUGACAGUGCUGAGUUUGACAUAAGCACUUGCAGUGUGGAUGGUACAGACCCUCUGAAACCCAAAUGUCCUGUACUGAAUGAAAACAACAUGCCUGCAUUCCCUGAAUGGAUGACUAUUAUUCUGCUUAGUGUUUACCUGCUAUUUGCCAACAUACUGCUUCUUAAUCUACUAAUUGCCAUAUUCAACUACACGUUUGAGGAGGUGCAAGACAACACCGACAAAUUCUGGAAGUUUCAGAGGUACGAGCUGAUAAGAGAGUACCACAGCCGACCUGCCGCACCACCUCCCUUCAUUUUGUUCAACCACCUCUACCUUUUCAUCCGAAAACUACUCCUGUGUCGCCCUCUGCAGAAUGACGACCAUUUCAGUAUAGAGCUGAAUGAAGAAGAGGAAGAACUGCUGUUGUCGUGGGAAGCCCUCGUGACGGAUUAUUAUUUGACAUCUAUGCAUCAGGACAGCAGUCAGAGCAUGGAACGCCGUAUCCAGGAAAUGGCUGAAAAGGUCGACACCAUGUCAGAGUUGAUGGAGAGGGAGUGGGGGCAGGUCAGUACAUCUGAGAUCAUACAGAAGAGGCUGACUCAGCUGGAGGAGCAAUUUUGGAGCUUUAAGUGUCUACACAAACCACCACCAUCACUCCAGUGGAUAAUGGAUACACUCAGAUCUCAAGGUUUCAAAUCAAAAGAGGACCCUCCAACUGAGUCACUGCAGUGGAAGGAGCUACAAUCAAGAGACACCAAGCAAGGGAAGCCAAAACCGCUCUAUCCAUUCAAAGAGCUGAAUGUCACUGAGGAACAACAUCGCCAUUUGCUGAGAGAACCACCACAUGACUAUGACAGCAGCUCAGGCGGUGAGGAACUGUCCAAUGACGCACCUGCUCCUGCAUCUGUGACAAAGGACAGCAGUUCACAGGCCAAAUCUAUCUCCACGACAAGGUCUAACAAUUCAUCAAAGGUUAGGCUUGCUCUUGUAGUAAUCAAACACUGGAGAACUGAAGUGGAAGCUCAAAAUGAAGAGGAGUUUGAGGAGGAUGGCCAGAGACAGACUCGCAUUGUGACAAAGAAGGUCAAAAGAUACCUCCCAUGUAAGACUUAUCAACCAGCUACACCAGAGCAAACUGAUAAGUGGUUCAAGCGGUCCUCAGGACUAGAACCUGAGGUAACUAGUGAAAAGGAGGAUCCCAAACAGCUGGGAGAGAAGGGUGCCCUGGCUGACAUCUGA